AGUCGUGUCUCGUAGUGUUUUAUCUUGUGUUGUUUGCUCAGAGGUGUUUUGGACAGAAAACAUAGAUAAAUAACUGUUGUUAUAUAGUGCUAUAUUAGUUUUAUAAUACGUUUGAAAUUGACAGCUGGAGUGAACUGUGACCCAAAUAACAAUAUCAUUUGUUUGUGGUGCUUUAUUGAUAUCUUUUUUUUUUCUUCUCCGAGGAUCGCAUAUUGUAAUACAUUAUGGCUCUGGCAACAGUGCGUGUAAUAGAGCUCGCAGGACUGGCCCCUGCACCCUUCUGCGGGAUGAUCCUGGCGGACUUCGGUGCAAGAGUGAUCCGGGUAGAUCGGACAAAGGGGGCAAUGACUGUAGAUACUCAGGCAAGAGGCAAACGAUCAGUGGCCUUGAAUCUGAAGGAUCCCAAAGGUGUGGCUGUUUUCAGAAGACUGUGUGUCCAGUCAGAUGUGCUUCUGGAGCCCUAUCGUAAAGGUGUUAUGGAGAAGAUGGGAUUAGGUCCUGCAGAUUUACUAAAAGAGAACCCGCGCCUGAUCUAUGCACGACUCACCGGCUACGGUCAGAGCGGAUCCUACGCCAAGGCUGCCGGCCAUGAUAUCAACUACCUGGCCAUGUCAGGGUUACUGUCCAUGCUGGGCCGCAGCUCAGAGAAACCCUACGCUCCACUGAAUUUGGUGGCAGACUUUGCUGGAGGAGGUCUCACGUGUGCUUUUGGGAUUGUGUUGGCUCUCCUGGAAAGGAGCCGGUCAGGACAAGGCCAGAUCAUUGAUGCCAGCAUGGUGGAAGGUGCAGCAUAUGUGGGCUCCUUCAUGUGGAAGUCCCGUAGCCUCGGCCUGUGGAAUUGUCCUCGUGGGGAAAACAUGCUGGAUAGUGGCGCUCCAUUCUAUGAUACGUACCGUACGUCUGAUGGAAAGUAUAUGGCAGUGGGAGCGAUUGAGCCUCAGUUCUAUCAACAGCUUAUUAAAGGUCUGGGCUUGGCUGAUGCUGACCUGCCCGCACAAAUGAGUGUAUCUGAUUGGCCGCAGCUCAGGCAGACAUUCACCCGGGUGUUUGCCACCAAGACACAAGCAGAGUGGAGUCAGAUUUUCGAUGGGACAGAUGCCUGUGUCACCCCUGUGCUGUCACUGGAUGAGGUACACUCUCACCCCCACAACCAGACACGGGGGUCGUUCUUUAAGGACUCUCAGGGGGAAAUUAGCCCCCGACCUGCGCCCGUUUUGUCCCGCUCCCCUGCAGAGCCCUGCCACUCCCGGGACCCCUUCAUCGGAGAGCACACUCGCUCUGUGCUGAAGGAGUAUGGGUUCGAGCAAGCGCAAAUAGAACAGCUCUUGUCUGCUGGUAUCAUAGAGUGUAACGAAGUUAAAGCGCGGCUAUAAAUCAAAGACUGACUGGAGAAUCAUUACACUUUGCGGCCAGCGAUGCAGAGAAGAAAUCUGAGCACUUGAACUCCUCUGUCUCGUUGAGUGAGUGUGAAGGGGCAUUUGAGAACAAAAUUACUCUCCCUUGUGAAUAAGUGGGUGCUGCUGUCGAAGUGGUCUGAAUGAGUCUGGGCUUUUAAGUUAAAAUGUCUGAAUAUUUCAACUCUCAUUUGUAAUUGCUGUAGAGAGAAUCAAGUGGGAUUUAAUUAAAGCCUAUUGGAAAUAUUCUGUGUUAAUUUUAACAUCCCUAUUUUUUGUCAGCAACCUCAUUCUACAAAGAUAUUUAAUAUUGACUCAUUUUUUUAAGACUGUUCUGAAUUAAUAAUAGGAUUGUGAGAGCAUUUUUUUUUUGUAGUGGAUAAAAGUGUACCACUUUUGGUUCUGAAUUGAAAUCCUUGACUAAUAAGUGCCUGUAGCAAGAGUAGCUGAGUGUGAGUCAUAGACUAAUUCAUAUUUGCCUUUACCUAUUUGCUAGGCAGCGUUGAUGAGCCAAGAUAAUAGUAUUAGGAAAAAAACAAUUAGUGAUUAAGCUUAAGAUAAAGUAAUCUGUUGUCAUAAUAUCGCAUUCGCUACUUGUAUAAAAUGUAACACUUGCUGAACAUAGUAGUGUCCUUUGAAUGAUACAGAUAUCUGUUUUAUGCCCUGUAUUUAAUCAGUGAGUUUUGUUUUUGUCACCUAAGGCCAAUUCUCACUGUACUGACAAAGACAACAGACAAGUUUUUUGGGGGGUUUUGUUGUAUCACUGUUUUAGCCCAUCCAUGUCUGUUGCAUUUGGUCAGCUCUUAUUUUUGCCUAUUGAAUUAGUGUUUUUGGGUGUUCAAAUGUCUAUGAAAUUAUGUACUGUAAUCUGGGGACCAUUGUAUUGGUCUGCAUAUGUUGGUGCAGUAUAAAUGGUCCCUUAUGCUUACCAGGGCUACUUUUUAAAAACAGUAAUAUUUAAAUGAACUAUAAUCAGUUUUAAUUAUCCCUGUGAUGGAAGUUUGAUUAUCUUCAGCCAUCACUUCAGUCUUCAAUGUCACAUGAUCCUUCAGAAAUAAUUCUUAUAUGCUUAUUUGGUGUUCAAUAAACAUUUAUUAUUAUUA